UAACCACCAUAAUUCAGUCACGGGCACCAGCGAGUCACUGACCACUACAAUUUUUCUCUUUCUCUCUCUAAAAUCUUUGAGAGAAAGUUAACUGUCUAACUCUUUAUCGUUUGAUGGACGCAGCGGCUCCACAGCUCGUUUACGGCGGAAUCCAGCCACGCCGCCGCCACUACAACUUACCAAAUAGAAUUCCGGUUCGAAGACCAUCCAACCGGGUGUUUGCUGUUGCCACCGAGCCGAAACCGACACAAACCGGAUCUAUUGAAUCGCCAUCGCCAUCAUCCUCUUCUCCAAACACAGUUAAUGGCUCAUCCAAGUCCCCUCCGCCUAAACCUGUCAACGGCGUUGCCACUAAAUUCUCAAAGUCAAAACCUGUCAACGGUGUCUCUACAAGGAUGGGAGAAGUGUCGCAGGAAAUAAAAAGAGUGAGGGCACAAAUGGAAGAAAAUGAAGAGUUGGCAAUACUAAUGAGAGGACUUCGAGGUCAAAAUUUAAGAGAUACUCAGUUUGCUGAUGACAAUAUCAAGCUUCGUCUGGUUGAGGUAGAUGAAAGCAGUGAGUUUUUGCCUUUGGUGUAUGAACCUUCUAGCAUCUCUGCUUACUGGGGAAAACGACCACGUGCAGUUGCAACUCGAGCUGUCCAGUUACUUUCUGUUGCCGGGGGUUUUCUCUCUCGUCUUGCUUGGGAUGUGAUAAACAAGAAAGUCAAGGAGAAUGAAGUUGCUAGAGCAAUUGAAUUGAGGGAAAUUGUAACCUCUUUGGGUCCAGCAUAUGUAAAACUUGGUCAAGCAUUGAGUAUUCGACCAGAUAUAUUGUCACCUGCUGCAAUGAUCGAGCUACAAAAACUUUGUGAUAAGGUUCCUUCAUUUCCAGAUGAUGUGGCAAUGGCUCUUAUAAACGAGGAGCUUGGUCAGCCAUGGCAGAACAUCUAUUCUGAACUUUCUUCGUCUCCAAUAGCUGCUGCAUCUCUUGGGCAGGUGUAUAAGGGUCGGCUGAAAGAAAAUGGAGACCUGGUGGCUGUUAAAGUACAGAGGCCUUUUGUUCUUGAGACAGUAACGGUCGAUCUAUUCAUCAUAAGGAAUUUGGGUUUGGCUCUCCGAAAGUUCCCUCAGAUCUCUGUAGAUGUAGUUGGGUUGGUUGAUGAAUGGGCUGCUCGUUUCUUUGAGGAGCUAGAUUAUAUUAAUGAAGGUGAAAAUGGAUCUCUGUUUGCUGAAAUGAUGAGAAAGGACCUUCCACAGGUUGUUGUGCCAAAUACCUACGAGAAGUAUACUUCAAGAAAAGUUCUUACCACAGAGUGGAUCGAGGGAGAAAAGCUCUCACAAAGUACUGAAAGUGAUGUUGGAGAACUUGUUAAUGUUGGAGUCAUAUGCUACCUGAAGCAGCUACUUGAUACUGGCCUUUUCCAUGCUGACCCUCAUCCUGGGAAUUUGAUCCGCACUCCAGAUGGGAAGCUUGCCAUACUUGAUUUUGGGCUAGUCACAAAAUUAACUGAUGAUCAAAAAUAUGGAAUGAUCGAAGCAAUUGCUCACCUUAUCCAUCGGGACUAUGGAGCAAUUGUCAAAGAUUUUGUCAAACUUGGUUUCAUUUCUGAGGGGGUUAAUUUGGAACCUAUCUUGCCAGUCCUGGCUAAGGUCUUUGAUCAAGCACUUGAAGGUGGAGGAGCAAAAAACAUAAACUUUCAGGAGCUAGCAUCUGAUCUGGCACAAAUAACAUUUGACUAUCCAUUUAGGAUACCCCCUUAUUUUGCUCUCAUCAUUAGGGCAAUAGGUGUACUGGAAGGCAUAGCACUAGUUGGGAAUCCUGAUUUUGCUAUUGUAGACGAGGCCUAUCCAUAUAUUGCACAGAGGCUCCUCACUGAUGAGUCCCCUCGUCUAAGGAAUGCUUUACGCUACACAAUUUAUGGGAAAUCUGGUGUUUUUGAUGCUGAAAGAUUCAUUGAUGUCAUGCAAGCCUUUGAAAAUUUCAUCACUGCAGCAAAAAGUGGAGGUGGAGAGAGUAUGAAUGGGGAUAUGGCUGAACUUGGAAUGCUGCAAAGCCAAACGGGUUAUAUCUUUCCUGGAUUUCUCUCAAGUGCUUCUCAACCAACACAGCCAAUUCAAACUAGGGCAGCCUUAGCAUUCCUUCUUUCUGAGAAGGGGAACUUUUUCCGAGAAUUUCUACUGGACGAGAUUGUAAAGAGCAUUGAUGCUGUUGCAAGGGAACAACUGGUACAAAUUAUGGCAAUCCUUGGCGUGGGAAAUGCUGCCCCAAUUUUUAGCAUGGUUCCUGCACCCUUUAAGCCCGCGGCACUUCUGCCAACGAUAACUGAGGAGGACAAAGUUAUCUUGAAUAAUGUUCAGAAAGUUGCUGAAUUCUUAACUGCAGGAACUUCAAUAUCGAGUACAUCAACCCAGGGUGUAGAUGUUACUCGGAUUGUACAAGAACUUCUUCCAGUUUUGCCAGGUAUCUCAGUCACAAUACUUCCUGAGGUGGUUAGUCGGCUUUCUUCUCGUAUAGCAGCACGCAUAAUUCGAGAUGUACUUUUGUAGCUGUAAUAAAUAUACGGUAUCCUUAUGCUUAAAGCCUCCGAACUGUGCAUAAAUUGUAUACGGAACCACAUUUAAUGCGCCAUGAACAAUUUUUUGUACAUUCAGGAUAAAAUUCAAUAUUACUGAAAAUCUUCGGAAGCCUAA